AAGAAAAAGUCCCAGGAGUAAAAAUGGUGGAAUGAACAAGGUGUCUUUCAUCUUGGCAGACCUCAAUUUAUGAGUAUUAGUCAUCUGCUCUGACGACUCCAGCUAUCUCCUUUAUCUCCUUUUACAGCAGAUGUCAUUUUGUUUUUCAUGUCUAUUGGUUAAUGGAAAAAUGAACCCGCUUGGACCUACUCCUUCAGUUCAUAGGUCUGUUUCAUCUCGGCUGUUGAGACUUAGCGUCUUCCUACUGCUUAGUCUCCUUGACUCCAAAGGAAAAGCAAUGUGGACGGCUCAUCUGAAUAUUACAUUCCAGGUGGGAAACCGGAUCAUAUCAGAGCUAGGAGAGAGUGGAGUGUUUGGGAAUCAUUCUCCUCUGGAAAGGGUGUCUGGCGCCGUGGUACUUCCUGAAGGAUGGAAUCAGAAUGCUUGCAAUCCGCUGACCAACUUUAGCAGGCCCGAUCAGACAGACACUUGGCUGGCCCUCAUCGAAAGGGGAGGCUGCACUUUUACUCAUAAAAUCAAUGUGGCAGCAGAGAAGGGAGCAAACGGGGUGAUCAUCUAUAACUAUCCAGGUACAGGCAACAAGGUAUUUCCCAUGUCUCACCAGGGAACCGAGAAUAUAGUUGCAGUGAUGAUUGGCAACCUCAAGGGCAUGGAGCUCUUACACUUGAUCCAGCAAGGUGUCUAUGUGACGAUCAUCAUUGAAGUGGGGAGAAUGCACGUGCCAUGGCUCAGCCAAUAUGUUACGUCUCUGUUUACCUUCCUGGCAUCCACUGUCAUUUACCUUUUCCUGCAAUGUGCCUGGAUACCCCGAGUGCCCAAUUUGACCAGAAGGCAAAGACAGAUAAAGGCCAAUGUGAAGAAAGCUAUUGGCCAGCUGCAGCUUCGAGUGCUCAAGGAGGGGGAUAAGGAGUUAGACCCGAAUGAAGACAGCUGCGUUGUUUGUUUAGACGUGUACAAAGCUCAAGAUGUAAUACGUAUUUUAACUUGCAAACAUUUUUUCCACAAGACUUGCGUCGAUCCCUGGCUUUUAGCACAUGCGACAUGCCCCAUGUGCAAGUGUGACAUCCUGAAACCUUAGGAAGCCCAGAGAUCUUUCCACAUAUUAAAAUUAGACGAAUUUGCUCACUGUGCUGUAUAUCCAGAGAAAACAUGACCCUUAGUUCCUCUAUCCUGCCAGUGAAGAUGAAGUUGGUGUGCUUUGAAAAUAAAGCUACAUAUCAUG